AUGCCAUCGGAAGAGUUCAUCCGUGGGAUGCUCUAUCUAUCCCUGACUGUUGUCGGAGUCCCGGCUAAUGCUGCUGUGAUCCUGGCCUUCCUCCUAUUACUGUACCAGGAGAACCGGCUCCUCCCAGCCGAUGCCAUUGUUCUGCACCUGGCCAGUGUCAACCUGGUGGUGGUGGGUGUUCGUUGCCUGCUGGAGGUCCUGGCUUCCUUCCGUCUGGCCAACAUCUUCGGGGACGUAGGCUGCAAGGCUGUGAUCUUUGUCUACAGAACAUCCCGUUCCCUCUCAAUCUGGCUCACCUUCGUCCUGAGCACCUACCAGUGCCUGAGCAUUGCCCCUCCUGGAUCACGCUGGGCCUCUGUCCGCACCGUGGUAGCCCACUAUUUGGGCUUUGUGUUCCUUUUCCUCUGGCUUGUCAACACAUGCAUGAGCUCGGCAGCCAUACUCUUCUCCUUUGGUACCCAGAAUGACUCCAGCCUAAUAAACCACGGCAUCAACGUACAAUUCUGCUAUGUUCACUUUCCUUCAAAAUUGUCCAAAGAGGCAAACGGGGCAGCUCAGGUGGGCAGAGAUGUGGUGCCUAUGGCCCUCAUGACUCUAGCCAGUCUGAUCAUCCUGGUCUUCCUUUACAAGCACAGCCAGCAGGUGAAAGGGCUCCGCAGUAGUACUAGCGGUGGCGGUGGGGGAAGUGGUGGUGCUGAGCGACGAGCUGCCAAAGCCGUGGUAGCACUUGUCACCUUGUAUGUGGUUCUCUAUGGGGUCGAUAAUGGUCUUUGGGUCUACACUCUCACUGUGAGGAAGACAAUGAAAUCCUCUCUGAUCUCUGACUUGCGCAUAUUCUUCUCCUCACUCUAUGCAGCACUAAGCCCUGUUGUCAUCAUUGUAUCUAACAGGAAGGUGAAUGACAGGCUCAGGUGUGCAGUGCAGGAGAAGCCUAUUCAGGAGAAAGCCACGAGUCUCUCUACUAUGUGAGUCUUGCUGAGAUGAAUGAUUACUCACAGUGCAGCAAAAAGAAGCCAAGAUGAUGAGGACUGAGUUUUUCUAAAGUCUGUGUCACAUAUGGGUCAUUCUAUCUCUGUAUAUAUCACUUAAAUGAUGUCUGUGAUAGGAAUUGUAUUAGAGAUUCAUCUUUCCUCUGCUGAGUUGUUAUUUUCCAUCUAGAUAUCUUGUUUAUGAGACUUUUCAGAUGUGUUGUGCAAUAACUGAUGAGGAUUUAGCAGCUGUAGUUUUGGAUGAGAUGAGGGCUGGCCUAUUGUUUCACUAUCUGUAAUUAAGAAA